GGAUUCAGUAUAUUAGUUAUUUUACUUGCAGAUUUUUACCUUCACAAAAGGCUAUAUGGUUGAAGCAAGAUGGUGUCAUGAGGGUUACAUUCCAAAAUAUAAUGAAUAUAAAGUUAAUGGAAUCUUAACAACUGGUAUACCUGUUCUUCUAACAACAUUUAUUGGCCCAGGAGAAUUUGCAACAAAAGAUGUUUUUGAUUGGAUUUUCAGUGAUUCAAAAAUCAUUGAAGUUGCAUCAGUAAUUGGUAGAUUCUUGGGUGACAUAGGCUCCCAUAAGUUUGAGCAACAAAGAGUACACACUCCCUCAGCUGUCGAAUGUUGCAUGAAUCAAUAUGGUUUUUCUCAAACAGAGGCCUAUGACCACAUUCUCAAUGACGUUGAAAAUUGCUGGAAGAUUAUAAAUGAAGCAUGUCUCAAGUCAAAUGAUAUUCCAAAGGUUGCACUUGAUUGUGUGGUUAAUUUAGCACGUUCAUUUCACUUUUUAUAUGGAGACCUCCAGGAUAAAUUCACAAAUUCAGAACUAAUGAAAGAUCAAACCUCUACACUGCUUGUGGAUCCUGUGUGCAUCAAUCAGCACCAGUACGAGAAGCUAUAUCACAUAUAAAUGAGAAUAACACAUCAUAUAUCCUUCCUACUUAAAGAAGAGUACUAUCAUAAUGCUACGUACUAGCGAGUAUAAAUAAAUAUGAAAUAAGAAUGAAGUGUGCGAAUGAAAGUCAAUUCAUCCUACUUGAAAUGCUCUAUGUGUUAGUUUGUGACAAAUGUUGUUUGUAGUAUUUUCCAUUUGUUGCCGAUUAUCUAGUUACCAAUAUAAUAAUGUUUAAUUAUUUUAAUUCAUAUAUA